AUGGAGAUACUGGCUAAGGAGGCUGUGGACAAAAUCUACAAGCUAUUCAACGAGUGCUCCUCUGUUCUGCAUCUGGAAGUGUCUCGGAGUCAAACUGAGAAUGAGGACUUGAAGAAGAGGCUAGACGCGGUUGAGACCGAACUGAGGACUGUCUUAGAAGGGAGUGGAGGACAAGAGAACAUGUCAGCAAAUGGCUGCUGCAGUGAAGUCAAGAUCAUCCACCAGUUAAAAGGCACACAACCAGGUGAGAGUUGGCAUUAUUUCAGAUUAGCCAUCAAUGGGGUUUUAGAUUGCUUUGGUACACUGUUACUAAAACCAGUACUUUUGAAUUCAAUGCUAACCUUUUUGAUUUUGACUGCAAUCUUUUUCAGGCUUAUGCGCUGGUGAUGCAGAAGUGAAACGAUCCCCCAUCAUCCACCUGUGGAAAGGGAGAGUUCCCUCAACUGUAAACGAGGUAGGUCUAUUUGCAUAACUGACAAUAUUCUGUUAAAGGUUUAGUUCUUGGAUAGCUGUCUGGAAUUACUAGGGGAUACAGAAAGUAAUAACCUAUUUACUUGUCUGUAUCUGUAUCACACAAGUAUCAUUAUGCACCAUUUGGUACCAGGUAGUUACCAAUUGUAUUUAAUUAUUUGAAGUGAGUACAAGAAGAAGCAUUUAAUCCCUUUGUGAUGAUUUCUGUUGUAUGAUAUCAUUAUAUAUAGAUCGGACUCUAAACCUGCGUUCCAUUAAAUCACUUUCCCUCUCCAUCUCAGCACUCCAACAUGGAGGACACGAUCGAGUCAGUUAUUAUCAAAGAAGAAGGGUUUGAAGAAUACCUGUACAGCAGCACCUCAGACCCAAGUCCUUUUAUAGAAAGCCAGGCCCAGGAGUUGAGUGACCCAGAGAACCCUACAGAGGACCCAAAGGACAAAGGCGGCGACGCAGGGCCAAAGUGUUUGAGAAAGCCAAAGAUCACAGGGGCUCGUCGGGCAAGGCCCAAAAAUGAGAACCACCUUAGCUGCAAGCACUGCAGGAAGACAUUCAGCAAACUGAUCCAGCUGAAAGCUCACCAGGCCAUCCAUGCGGCAGCGGAGAAACCUUUUAUCUGCCAGCAGUGCGGUCGAGGUUUUUCCUUUAAACGCAGUUUUGAUGCACACCAGCUGCUUCACACAGGAGAGAGACCGCACACCUGUGGCGAGUGUGGUAAAGCUUUCACCCUAAAGCAGCUGCUCAAGAAUCACCAGAGACUCCAUGCAGGGUUGAGACCGUUCCGCUGCGACGAGUGUGGCAAGAGCUUUAACCGGGCCCACGGUCUUAAGAUGCACCAGAUCGUCCACACGGGAGAGAGGAAAUACAGCUGUGAGAUCUGCAAGAAGAGUUUCAGCAUACCAGGAAAUCUCCACAGGCACCAGCGUAUACACACUGGUGAGAAACCGUUCCGUUGUGAUACAUGCGGGAAAAGCUUCAACCAAGCAGACACUCUGAAAGGACACCAGCGGAUCCACACAGGAGAGAGGCCAUUUACCUGUGAGACGUGCGGGAAGUGUUUCAUUCAAAGAAGUGCACUGAAAAUGCACCAAAGAACCCAUGCAGGAGAGAGCGCCUUCCUCUGUGUGGUGUGUGGGACAGUCCUGGCUUGCGUCAACUCUCUCAAGACACACCUUCAGACUCACACAGCAGAGAUGCCUUGUAUGUGCUCAGUGUGCGGUAGUAGUCUCAGUUCACUCACUCACCUCAAAUCGCACCAGCAACUCCACACUAUGGAGAAGCCGCACAGCUGUGGCCUCUGCAACAAGAGCUUCAAGUCGGUCAGCUACCUGAACAUACACAUGAAAACUCACACUGGGGAGAGACCAUUCACCUGUGAUGUGUGUGGAAGGAUGUUCACUCAACACAGCAGCCUGAAAACCCACCAGGCGGUCCAUACUGGGGAGAAACCUUUCAGCUGUGAAACAUGUGGGAAAUGUUUCAGCAACACUGGGAACCUCAACAGGCACCAGCGGAUACACACUGGAGAGAAGCCUUUUAGCUGUGACCUCUGUGGGAGGAGCUUCAACCAGGGCAACAGCCUCAAAGCCCACAAACAAAUCCACACAGGGGAGAAACUUUACAUGUGCGACAAAUGCGGAAAGAGUUUUUCCUACCUGAGGAAUCUGAAAGAUCACAAGUGUUACUAUAUCUAAAACCAAUAG